AUUGUUUGUUACGUUCACUGAUAAUUCCGCAAGUGAAGUAUACGUCGAUUUAACUUGACGUAUCAUCCAUGGACGAUGGAAGCACUGCGGAAUGGUCGGGCCCCUCGAGGUCGGCGAGAGAUCACCAGGAAGCCAGAUGCCAUCGUUGCGCUUGCGAGGAUACUGCGACGAAUUACGGUGGCUGGCUAUUCGAGGACGAGCCGCCGCCUUACGCAUCCCUCGUCGAGCCGGAGCGUCAUCAUCCCGGCUGGCCGUACGUCCUGCCCGGGCGGCCUUACGAGGACGCUGGCGAGCCCAGGAGCAUCGCCAGGCCGCUCGUUUCCAUUCCACUCACCAGCUACGGCAUCUUCAAGAUCGAGCCUCCGAGAUACCCCGCAGCAUCCGCGGUUGGCCGGACGACGCCGCUUCAGAUGCCGCAGCAUCCGAGGCUGCUCGUGGAGGCAGGACCAGUUGUCAAAUCGUCGACUGGAACAGCGCGAAAAUACGGUGCAAUUCUGAUAGCCGCAACCGUUAUCAUUUUCCUCAUGGCUCUGUCACUGAUGGUACGCUUCGUCACCGAGAAGAGCUUAUGGAGGGGAUAAAUUGUGAAUAAUUCCGUGUCUGCUCCCUACUGUGAUUUUUACGAAAGUAUUCCAAUAAAGAAUACUUGUACAUUAAGUAGCAUGUAAAAUAUUGAAUUUUUAUACAUUUCCAGGAGGUCGCUACUAAUGGGAAAAAAUAGCGAGGCAAAAGCACAUUGUACGCGAGUGUAAAAUUAACAAAGCUUACGGUCAUUACGCUAUCGAUUUUUCCACUUUAAUUGCAAAACAAAUGCACGCAACUAAACAAGUAAAUGAAAUUGCAAUUCUCCUAUCGUUAUAAACGACAAUAUGUCAGUCUAUGAUUUUUCAUAAGUGCCCACUAAUUGUCAAACACACUAGCCUAAAAAGGAAUGAGG